AUGCUUCAGGUCCUUCUGGGAGUCGGUGCGCUGUUAAACGCUACGGCGUCUCUCCCCGGGGAUGCUUCAUACGUCGCGGCCCCUGGCUUCCCAACUUCUGCUUUUGCAUCGUACUACAAAGCACCGACUCUGCCAACAAAGGAGCCUCAGCCCAUCAUCUAUGAUUCCGUUCUGAAUUACACUUUUCCUUUCGAGUUGACCAAUCCUGAUUCCAUUCCCCAGAGUCAAGAUGAGUUGUUCUUUCCCCCGCCUCUGGUCAGUCUGUCGCCGGUUGAGGGACAGGCUUUUAUCGAGGCCGUGGUCACCAAUGUGAGCAAUAUCCUCAAGAGCAAAGCUCCCGAGAAUCAGUGCGAAAAAUGCAAGAAGGCGCUCGCUGCAGCCAAGCCUGCAGCCUUGUUUACUCCAGCUAUGGCUCCAGAGGCCAUGGUCAGGUUGUGCAAAGCCUUUCAGUUUGCUUCUAAUGUGACAUGUGAAAAUGACUACUCGAUACAUGCAUUCGGCACCAUCUGGACUCAGGUCUUGGCCUAUGCGGACGUUGAGGGACUCGAUGGUCAGUAUAUCUGCCAUUCGCUCAAGAGUAGCUUUUGUCCUCAGCCUAUGACUCGCCCACUCAAUGCAUCCAGUUGGUUUCCCAAGCCCAAGCCGCCCAAUGCUCAUGCCCCGAAAGCGAGCGGCGAACGGGUGAAGGUACUCCAUAUGUCGGACUUCCACCUAGACUCUCGAUUCGCGGUCAGCUCGGAGGCAAAUUGUUCGUCAAAGCUGUGUUGUCGUAGUGACAAUCAUAAUGAACACUCGGAAGACAAGGCGCUCAUUCCUGCAACACCCUAUGGAAAUUUCAAAUGCGAUACCCCUUAUGAUCUCGGUCUUGCUGCUCUGCAGGCCGUGGCACCAUUGACUGGUACUGGGAAAGGUGACUGCGAUGAACACCUGGCAUGGACUAUCUACACUGGGGAUUUGAUGUCGCAUGACCCUGAGCCUCAGAUCUCUCAUGAAUAUCUUGAGUAUACUGAAACCAGCAUCUUUCAAAUGUUCAAGGAAUAUCUCACGGGCCCUGUGUUUGCUGCGCUGGGAAACCAUGAUUCGGCCCCGUCUAACAUUGAUUCCCCCCACAGUCUUCCUGGGUGCUUGGGUGAGCAGUCGAGUUGGAACUAUUAUCAUCUUGCGCAUCUGUGGCAGCAUGAGGGCUGGAUCAGCAACAAGACCGCAGAGGAAGCAGCAACACACUACGGCGGUUAUUCUGUCAAAACGCACUACGGACUGCGUAUAAUCUCCGUCAAUACCGAUUUCUGGUACAGGGCAAACUUGCUCAAUUUCAUCAACAGUACAAACCCUGACAACUCAGGCAUGCUAGCCUGGAUGAUUGACGAGCUACAGAAAGCCGAAGAUGCGGGUGAACGAGUCUGGAUAAUCGGCCAUGUUCUGACUGGAUGGGACGGCAGCAACCCACUGCCUGAUCCAACCAACCUCUUCUAUCAAAUCGUAGACCGAUACUCGCCACAUGUCAUUGCCAACACCUUCUGGGGCCAUACCCACGAAGAUCAAUUUAUGGUGUACUAUGCAAACAACGGGACGGUUCGGAACGAACAAACCGCGCUUUCAACCGGCUGGGUCGGCCCCAGCGUCACACCUAUCACUAAUCUCAAUAGUGGAUUCCGGAUGUACGAGGUUGACACGGGUGACUUCAAUGUUUACGAAGCCUACACCUUCUUCAGCAAUGUAUCCGAGUACUCACACCUGAACAACACGGGCCCAAAGUAUCAGAUCGAGUACUCUACACGUGACACAUAUGGCCCAGCUGCUGGGUGGGACAAGCACUCCCCUCUGAACGCCACAUUUUGGCACCGUGUCACGGAAGCCAUGGAGACUAAUAUGGAGCUGGUCACUCUGCAGAAUGCUCUACAGGGCAAGUUAAGCGUCCAGAGUCCCGUCUGUAACACGACCGCAUGCCAAAAGGCCAAGGUUUGCUACAUGCGUAGUGGAAGUCCUGGGCUGGGCUAUCAGUGCCCUCAAGGAUACGGCUCGGUUCAGAGCCCUUUUACGCCAAAGUGA